AUGCGUGUAUUAUACUGCUGCCAAUGCAAUGAACGACGACCAUUGCAGCUGCAGACUGCAGGGAAGCAGCCGCUACGGAAGACGGGAGGAGCACUGAAGCAGCUGCCUAUGGGGCUGAAGAAUACCACGGCGACCAUCGUCCAGAGCAUCAGGACGGUGGAAGGGCAGCUGGUGCGCUUGGAGGUCCUGGUCCUCCUCAGCAGCCUCCUCCUGGUCCUCCUCGUCGUCCUGAGCCCAUACCGGCACCAGCGCGGCGACAAGUCCUUCCGCUUCCUCGUGUGGGCGGUCUACACGCUCGCCACCGUCCUCGUCCCCUACACCAUCGGUCUGCUGGAGGCCGGCCCGUUCCACGACCAGACCUUCGUGCUGUGGGGCGCCGUCCUCCUGGUGCAGGCGGGCGCCGACUCCCUCUCCGCCUACAACCUCCGCGACGUCGAGCAGUGGAAGCGGGCGCUGCUGCAGCAGGGCCUGCAGAUCCUGAUGGUGCUGUGGCUGAUGGUCCGCUGCGAGGGCCGGAACAAGAGCUACAGCGCCACCAUCUGGAUCUUCUGGAUCCUGAGCAUCGCCAAGGCCCACGCCAAGUUCCAGGCGCUGAGGGAGGCUAGCAAGGCGGACAGCCUCAUGAUGAAGCACACCAAGGUCGUCGCCGACUACAUGAUGGCGGAGCACGAGUCCGGCCAUGUCUCCGAUGCCGCCACCAUGCAGGGGUACAGGUACAUUUUCCACGGCGAAGGCCUCACCCUCCCGUACUUCUCCAAGCCGGACUACCGAACGGCCAUCGCCAGAGCGUGCGCCUUCACCACGGUCGACACCGUCUGGCAGUGGAUCGACGGCCAGAGCGUGAGCGUCUUCAGCAGGGAGCACGGCGGCAUCCUCAAGGACAUCGCCCUGUCGUUCACGCUGUUCAAGCUGCUCAAGCGGAGGUUCUGCAAGUACGAGCACGGGGAGGCCGGCCGCCCCAAGACGCGGCGGCUCGUCGUGUCCGGGCUCCUCCGCGACGAGGACGGCUACACCCGUGCUUUCAGAGUCAUCGAGAUGGAGCUCGCCUUCCUCUACGAUUUCUUCUACACGAGGCACCAAUCGCACACCCAGUACGUAGAGAUGACUGUGGUCUUCGUGCUCCCCGUGAUCGUUUGGAAUGCCGUCUCCGGAGCUUUCAGCAGGCACUACCACCGCACCAGCUUGGAGCAGACGGUCAAUGGGGUCGAUGUCAUUCACUGCAUCACCAUCGUGCUGAUGGUGAUCGUCGUCGUCGUGCUGGUCGUGGAAUCGCGCAUCAACGAUCAGAAGUGGAGGGUGGUCGACGAUCUCCAUACCUUGACCGGCUCGAGCAGAAUCACCUGGAAGGGAGAAGCCGUCCCGUUCGAUGACGGCAGCAGGAAGCAGGCGCUGAAACUGGUCAAGAAAAGGAAGCAUCGGAAGCUGAUGGGCAGGAACUGGGACAGGAAGCUGGGGCAGUACUCGCUGCUGCACAGAUUCGACUACCACCCGAGGAAUUUAGCGUCGAUCCUGUCGCUCGGCUUGAUCGAGCCGACCAGGGACGGGCAGAAGUCCUCCAAGAAGGUCGAGCUGCCGGAGGAAGUCGUGGUGCGCGUCCUGUCGCGGUUCAAGGCGAACGACGGCCACCUCGCCGACGGGCGGUCGGCGCUCGCCGCGAACGACGCGGCGCAGCUGUCGUGGGCGUGCAAGCUGCCCACGCUUAUCCACACGGUCCUGGCGUGGCACAUCGGGACGACCAUCUGCGAGGUCACGACGCCGCAGCAUCAGGCGCCGCUCACGGGCGACCGCCUGGUGGCCAAGUGCCUGUCGGACUACUGCGCCUACCUGGUGGCGUUCGUGCCGGACAUGCUGCCGGGGCACGGCUACGACACGAGGCGGAUCUUCAACGCGGUGGUCACGGAGGCCCGGGAGUACCUCGCCGGGUGUGGCACCAUGAGAGCCAGGUGCGUCAAGCUGCUGGAGCUGCAGUGCAGCGAGCGGACUAUACUGGGGAUGGGGGCAAAGCUUGGGAGUGAGCUCAGGUACAGAGUUCGCGACAGGGCCCGGCGGUGGAAGGUGCUGGCUGACUUCUGGGCGGAGCUCGUCCUCUUCCUCGCGCCGUCAAGCGACGCCGACGUCCAUGCCGAGAAGCUCGCGGCCGGCGGGGAGUUCAUGACCCACCUGUGGGCGCUGCUCAUCCACGCGGGCAUCCUGGAGCGGCCCUCUCUAGUCUCUAGAACUAUCGUUGCAACUGCUGACGAUUCUGCCGUCUGA